AGAUGGAUACAUUUAAAUAGAGCGCGAUGUAAUGUGAAAAGUAGAAAAUAGAGAAAAAAAUGAAAGACAGCAAUGUGGAAAUGCAAGAAAACGUCCCUUUAUUCCCAAAACAAGAAGACCCUCAUCACCACUUGUACUUCCGUCCCGCUCUCGAAGGAAUAGCCGCCGUCGUCGGCGAGCGCAUCCUCUUCGGCGCCGCCGCCGAUCCGCCGAGGAGCUACAGGGGCGUGCGGAAGCGGCCGUGGGGGCGGUGGUCGGCGGAGAUUCGCGACCGCAUAGGGCGGUGCCGCCACUGGCUCGGCACCUUCGACACGCCGGAGGAGGCGGCGCGCGCCUACGACGCCGCCGCGAGGAGGCUGCGUGGCUCCAAGGCGCGGACCAAUUUCCACGUUCCUUCCGUCCUCCCGGAGCCGUGUUCGCCGGAGAGGAGGAAGAGGAAGAGGGUUUCCGGUGGAGGAAAGGCUGCCUCGGUUGUGACGUCGGCGGCGCACCUGUUUGGGCGGGAUCCGGCGGAGGAAGGCGGCGUUAGCUUGGAGCUUGGUUUGAAGAUGGGUUGAUCUCGAUCAAUUAAUCAAAUUUGCAUAUUUAAGUAGUGUGACUUUAAUUAGUGUUUUGUUUUGAGUAAUUUAGGGUUUUGUUGGGGCAUGCAUCUUGUUACAUCCCAUUUGCCACCACUAAUGUGUAGUAUAAAAGCUUUAAUUGUGAUUUCUAGUUA